AUGAAUCGCAAAGUUGUGGCAUACGUGCUAAUUCUGCUGGGUCUGACCCUAGAUAACCUGAGUGUGAGCGGCGGUAUCACGAUGACCGCGAGCUUGCAGGAGCGCCUGCACACCGACUACGCAACGGCGACGUGGGUCAUUUCUGCCUACGCCCUAACCUUGGGCUCGUUUAUCAUUCUCAUCGGCAAGAUCGCCGACGUCGUGGGCCUGCACGUGGUGUACCUCGCUGGGCUGGCGGUGAUGAGCGUGUGCUCGCUCGUCAGUGCGCUGGUGCCAAGCGCAAUUGCUCUGAUUGUCAUCCGCGCGGUGCAGGGCCUUGGUGCCGCGGCUUUGGUGCCAACGGCCAUGGGUCUGACGGCCUCGUACUUUGAAGGUGCUGCGCUGCAGCUCGCGGUGCGCAUGCUUAUGCUUGUGCUGACCACGUCGCUCGGGAUCGGGUCGGUGCUCGGGGGCGCGUUCUCGGUGACCCCGAUCGGAUACAAGGCGUUCUUCUGGUUUACAUUUGGGGUGAGCACUGCGUGCCUCGCGGGUCUCUGUUUCGUUAUUGUGCCCGUGCCUCCGCACAGAACAGUCAGCCUCAAACGGCUGGACUACCCAGGCGCAAUCCUGCUUGUUGCAGGCUUGCUGCUGGUGAUUCUCGGGUUCACAGAGGCCGGCACCAAGUGGCAUUCUCCCAAAGUGUACAUCCCGAUCCCCGUGGGUGGUCUUAUUGUCAUUGGCGUUGCACUGUACGAGCUGGUGUACCUGCCCCGGUCUGGCUCGAAGCUCGAGGUGAUGUUCCCCCUCGAGCUGGGAAGCGUGCAGUUAUAUGUUGCAUCGGCAUGCGGCGCGCUGUUCCACUACUGUGGGUAUACGAUAGUGCAACUCGCACUGAUCCAGUUCCACGAGCACUACGACAACGACUCGCCGCUUAUUGCAGCCGUGCGUCUGCUGCCAGCAACGGUCGGCAUCGUGUGGGGCAGCUUUGUGUGGCGGCCGUGGUUCACGGCGCGCAUUGGCGAACGCUGGUUUGUGGUCAUUGAUGGCAUCUUCGCACUGGCUAUGACUGUGUGGGCGUCGCGGUUCCAGCCGGGCCAGUACUGGCGGUACGAGCUGGUGAGCUUGUUCCUGUUUGGAUGGACCGUGAACGCGUUCUACCAGAUCACGUACUCGCUGAUGAUCACGCGGGUUCCGCUGCACCUGCAGGCGACCGCAAGCGGGAUCUUCCAGACAUUUGGCCAGGUGGGGGUUGCACUAGCAAGCGCGGUGUCUGCCUCCAUCAUAGGGGAGCGUGGGUCGAUCAACGCAUCGCGCAACUGCAUGUACGUGGCUAUCGCGUGCUACGGCGGAGUUGCGCUGCUGUUCUGCCUAGGUGGCUGGGGCAAGCAGGAGGAAGCGGUCAGCAAGGAAGCCGAUGUUGAGCAGCAGGAUCAGCAGGAGACAGUUAGCAAGGAAGCUGAGUGA